AUGGAGUCGAAGUCCACCUCUAGUCCCGCAUCGCCGCCGAGGCUGUUGCGAUCCAAGACGGAGCAUCCCACGUCGCAGAGCUCGGAAUUCACCGCAGCCUUUGCAUCCUCGAGUCCCAUCGUCGAAGCAUCCGACCUGCUCGACACACAACCAGCCGCUGGACCAUCAGCAGCUGCGUCAAGUUCCUCCUCGGCUCGCAAAGGUCGCGCCAAUCGUGCCCGCACGCGCUCCGUGUCUUCCAACGCCGUCCCCGUAUCUCAACUCUCCAGAUCCACCCUCUCCUCUCUGCAGACCGAGCUCGAUGGCGCUCUCGACCGCGGUCCAGGCACUCCGGACUUCACCCUUUCCGCCAGCACUCCGCAGUGGCGCAGGGCGGACGUCGAGCGCGAUCGGACCAUGUCGAGCUUGGGCCAGGGCUUGCAGCUCAUCUCCGAGGCAGAAACCUCCGCGGGACCAUCGUCGAGCAACCCAUCCAAUCGACAGCGCUCCGCAAGCGGUGCAUCCCAGGCCUCCGCCUCUUCCCAAUCGUCAGACUCUUACAAGAAAAAGUCGAUGCCCGCCAAUUCAUUCACCAGGCCAAGGCUGUCGACGCUGCGCUCCUUCCUGUCGUCUUUCGCUGGCGGCAACUCUGCUUCCGCUCCAGGCAGCUCGUCCAACACGCCGCACGACGAACAGGCCAGAAUGCUCGAAAAUGAGCCCUCGACUUCCCACCGACUUUCUGUGCGCCCGCAGGCGCUUGUCAUGCCAUCCGCACGACCGGCAGCGCACGGCCUGGUCGGCCUCAACGAGGACAGUCCGCCGCUCACUCCUACCAGCGAUCCGGACGAGCAGAGCGAAUACCAGCAGUACGUCAACGCCUUCCGCCAGCAGCUCGUCCCAAAGCAGGCCGCCAGGCCACUCGGCGCGCCCAAACACCAGUGGAGUGCCGCUCAGGCUGCCGCCGAUGCUGUGCAGGCAGACUUGGACGAACGCAACCGCAUCACGCCACCCGCACUGGCUCAGUGGCCUUUUACUCCGCCACUCACAACCUCCAACGUCACCUCGCCCGUUGCUAGCAGCCGCGCCUUUUCGCCCCCAACACGACCGGACUCAACCAUCACCACAGCCAGCGCAUACCAAGGCAUCCUACCGUCGCAUCUGGUGUCAGGCGCCGCAGUGAGCAGUCGCUCCACCACGCCCACCUCAUCGACCACUGCGUCAGGCACCGAGUCUGCGCGCACCUACAACCUCUUCGACGUCGACACGUACCGCAUCGAGAGCGCCGGCAAGACUCUGCUCGCACUGCUGCCGCGCAUCCAGAUCAACCUCAGCUCGUGGCGGCUUUCGAUGCCCAACGUGCGCCCCUACUUGCCACGCCUCAUCUUUCUGUUUGUCAUCUUUGCAGCCUCGACGUGCUGCAUCGUCUUCAUGCUCUGGACGCUCCCGCUCACGCUGCCCAAGCACAUCACCAGCCUCACGCUCGCCGAGAUCAAGCAGCUCGCCACGAGCCUCAAGGUCUACUCGCAGAGCAGCCCGCGUGCAUUCGUGCACACGCUCGUCGUGCUCGGCACCUUCUUCACAUGGAAGCAGUCGUUCUGCGUCCCAGGCAGCCUCAUCAUGAACGUCGUAUUCGGCGCCAUGUACGGCACCUACUCGGGCACGCUCUACACCUCCAUCCUCACCGCCGUUGGCGGCGUGUUUUGCUACCUCCUGUCUGCGCCGCUCGCGCCGCUGAUCACAUCGUUGCCAGGUCUCGCCAAGCCGCUCGACGCCAUGCGCCGCGCGCUCUCGCCAGGGCGUGCGAGGGCGUCGGGGCGCAGCGUCAUGCUGUCCACCCCGCAUACCGGCAGCAACGGCAACGUAUGGACGUACCUUCUCGUCCUCCGCGUGCUCCCCAUCGUGCCGUACGGCCUGAUGAACAUCGCGUGCGGCGUGCUUGGCGUGCCGCUCGUUCCGUACGCAGGCACUCUGGCCGUGGGCUCAAUCCCGUGGAACUUUGUCACGUGCCAGGUGGGCGACCUGCUGCAGGAGAUCGUCGAGGCACUCCCCGUGUCCGACGACACCACCGUGGGAGGGCUCAAGGACAAGGCUGCGAGCAGUGCUGGCGGCGGCAUGCGUGCGAUCGUCGACCGCAUCUGGAACCGCGAGAUGGUGGUCAAGCUCAUCCUUCUCUCAAUCGCCAGCCUGCUGCCCAUUGUGCUUAGCAGGUAUCUCAAGUACAGACAGAGACAGCAGGCCGAGGCGGAAGGAUACCAGCCGGUCGAUGCCAACGAUGUCGACGACGAUGGCAUUGAUGAUGAGGAGGCGGAUCGACCUGCGUCGCGCCGCUCUUCGCGUAUAAUCCAGCACAACGCAAAGACGGACGCGCUUCCUAUAGAGAACGUGCCGCUGAACGACUUUGAGCCCUCGGCGUCGGCUCAUAGCACCGUCGGCAGAGGCAGCAAUCGCCACGCUGUCCGCAGCGCUUGGUUGUAA